GUCAGCGUAGGCUACUUAAUAAAUUGAAAUAAAAACUUGUGUAAGACAAGUACUGCCUCGAUAUUAGAGCAAGUGGGACUUUGAACCAUAACCUCUUCAUAUUCUGAAACAAAAAUGCUGCUUCUAGGCAACCACAAAGCAAACAACCUCCGAGGAGGGGAAUGGACAAACCCUGUAUUUGAAGUUCGAUUCACAAGACAUUCGAUUCGGCUGAAUAAGGAAGCUGAAGGACAAUUCCUGAAGUUACGCUACAAUAGGACAUUCGAUUCGGCUGAAUAAGGAAGUCUCCCUUCAAUUGUUUUUUUUAUCGUUUCGCAGUGGUGGUGAGUCGCUCAAGAAAAUUGAAUAAAAUAGUUUACGCCUUUUUUUUUAACUGCGAUGUUUUUGCGAUAACUUCUGCCACCGUCUAGGGCUCCGGGUGAUUUUAUAUAGGGGACAGGCUAGUCUAGUGUAACACUUUGUCUUUCUCAUAGACUGGAGACUUUGAAGAAUACUCGUUUUUUUUGUUUGUUCAUAUAUUAAAGAAGUCUAGGAAUCUAGUAUUAUUUAUAUACUACAUUUCUAUCAUUGGGUUUCCGGGAAAAUGGCUGCUUAUGUUCUUGACGAUAAGCACCGAGACCAGCAUAGUAAGGAAAAGGCAAGGCGGGCAGCAAAAAGGAUCGAUAAACAGAUUGAAAAAGAUAAAAAGAUUUACCUAAGAAGUAAACGGUUACUAGUAUUAGGAGCAGAUGAAUCUGGGAAAAAAACGAUAGUCGAACAGAUGAGAUAUUUGCAUGUAAAAUGCCCCGAAGAGGCGAAAGCGCGUUUUCCAAUAUCAAAACAACGAUGUUUAGAGACACAUUGCCAACAGGACGGUAUCAUUUGCCAUUUUUUUACUGUUAAAGGUCAAAGGAAAGAAAGCAUGAGGAAGUGGUUACAGCAAUUUUCAAAUGUUACUGCCAUUAUUUUUGUGGUGGACAGCAGCAGCUACGAUAUGGUGAGCCGGGAAGACAACGAGACCAACAGACUUCAUGAGGCACUACACCUGUUCAAGAUCAUCUGGAACUACAGGUGGCUGUUAGGCAGUCCCGUCUUCCUCUUCCUGAACAAACAGGACCUUCUAGCUGAGAAGGUUUUGGCUGGGAAAUCUAAAAUUGAGGACUAUUUCCCAGAGUUUGCACACUAUACUACACCUCAAACAUCCGAACCAGGGGAGGAUCUUCGUGUCUCGAGGGCAAAACACUUCAUAGUGAAGGAGUUUCUGAAGAUCACCACAGCCAGUGGAGGUGAAAGGAUCUGCUUCUUCCAUUUCACAUGUGCAGUUGACCUGGAAAGCCUCCGGCGCACAGUCUUCAGAGAGUGUGAAUUUUCGUUGUUGGCAUAAAGACUGUAAAGAAUGUUUACUAGAUCAAAGCAGAGACUUCUAUUUACAAGACUCAAGUGAGCACACAAAAUACGUAUUUUCAAUGUCUUUUCAACGUCUUUUGCUCAUGAGUGCAACAUUUGUCUUGCCAAUGUUUGUAUGAGCCCUGCUUAAAGGAUGUAUAGUCCUAUGUUUUGUGUUUUAUUUUUACAGUGAGCUAAAUCCUUUUUAUUUUAUUUUCAAACCAUUUUGUAAUGUUGAUCCAACAUUGGACCCUUUUUUAUUUAUAGAAAGACCCAUAUACAGUAAGGGGCUUGGGGAACCAGAGUAGUUUACCAAGCAAGAGGGUCCGAGGCACUCUUUGACUGGAGUCAGUGACGACAUUUUGAAACUUCCGGAUCUGGUGUUUUAUGCCUUUUUGAUUACAAAUGCUAGCUAGCUACAUACGUACACGUCUGGUGUUCUAUGCUUUACGAUGCAUUUUUUCGCGGCAGAAGCAAACAUGUCUCUCUAUGAAUUGCAAUUGCUCGAACUUGGAACAGCAAGACCUUGAAUUGCUCUUACUAAUCAAGAGGAGAAGACGGGAAAGAAAACAAACGCUGAGAAAAUAGUUCGUCCACUGAAAACUAUGAGGGGACGAUGGAGAAGACACGUAACUUGUCCAACCGAUGCGAAGCAUUGUCGAGGAAAGACAUUUUCAAUACUUUCAGAUGUCUUUUGGCAGAUUGGACGACUUGUUUCAGCGGCUUGCCACCUUACCUCUCGUACGAAAGAGAACUCACAGCUUGCCCGUAAGUGCUGCACAAAGGCUGUCUGUGAUCAUUCCUUUUUUUUGGGCGAGUGGCAGCACACAGAAAAGUAUUGCUGCGAGUUAUAAGCUAGGAAUCUCCACAGUUUGUGCCAUCUUCACAGAAGUGUGCCAGGCUAUCCGGCAUGUCCUGAAGGAGGAUUUUGGGAACUUCUUGCCAGAGAGUUUGGGGAUCGUUUGAAUCAUCAGUUUUCGUGCAGGAGCUUUCGACUGAAAGUAUUCCCCCUAUUCGCGUCCGAGCUCCGGCAAUCUCAAGCAGCGAGUACUACAACUUCACAGGAUUUUUCUCAAUGGUCCUGAUGGUAGUCUGCUAUGAAAGGUACCGCUUCACCAUGAUCGAUGUGUGAGCAUAUGGUCGCAAUCUUCUAACGAAGCAAGUUUGGCUCACCUGCCGCUACCAAGGCCAAAGUGCUUGUCGGUGAAAUGAAACAACGAUACAAAUGUAACAGCACAACAGAACAGAUAAACAAUUUUCUUUGUCAGGUGCCUUUUCAUUUUAAACACCAGUGGUGUAACUAGUGCUUUCUAUCUGCACUGAACCAAAACAGUGGCGUGAGGGACUGAAGUAAAACUUUUCAGUGGGCAAAACCACAGAGGGGGUGCAACAUGUGAUCUGUUAUUAAUGAUUAUAUAAAAUGGACAUAUCUAUUUUAAUACAGACUAGCUCAAAACAUUACUCAUCACUGAAAGUGAGACAUUACCCAAUGGAUUAUGAUACUUUUCUGGUAAAAAAGUGGGGAUCCAAAAACAUACUUUUACACCCCUAUUUUGAAAUUGGAGAUGCAGCUGCUCCUUUUUCUCCAUUGCUUAGGCGCCUGUGGCCAGUACCACCACUGUGUUUUGUUUCUCAUGUUCUGAGAGUCUUUUAGGCGCCUUUUGGCAAACUUCAAGCGUGCUGUUAUAUGCCUUUUACUGAGGACUGGCUUCCAUCUGGCCACUCAACCAUAAAUGCCUGAUUGGUGGAGUGCUGCAGACUUGGUUGUCCUUUUGGAAGGUUCUCCCAUCACCACAGAGGAACUCUGGAGCUCUGUCAGGCCUCCCUGACCAAGGCCCUUCUCCCCCGAUUGCUCAGUUUAGCUGGGCGGCUAGCUCUAAGAAGAGACUUGGUGGUUCCAAACUUCUUCCAUUUUAAGAAUGUUGGACGACAAAGUUUUCUUGGGGACCUUCAAUGCUGCAGAAAUGUUUAGGUAUUCUUCCCCAGAUCUGUUCCUCGACACAAUCCUGUCUCGGAACUCUAGGACAAUUCCUUUCGACCUCAUGAUUUUGUUUUUUUGCUCGGACAUGCAAUGUCAACUGUGGGAACUUACAACCAAUUAAUUGCAGCAUUACCACAAAAAUGGAAGAGGCAGGUGGAAGGGGAUAAAAGUAAGGAACUUGUAUGUCGGCCUUAUAUUAAAGAACAUAAAUGGUUAAAGAAAAGUGUGAUAAAUAAAAACAUAUACCAAUUUCAUUUAAGGACCAAAAAACUUACAGCUAUGCCAUAUAAAUUGCAAAAUAGUUGGGAAGAGAUUUUCGAUGUACCCAUUCCAUGGCACAUGGUUUAUGAAUUGAUACGCAAAACAACGCCGGAUUCAAAACUUCGAAUUUUUCAAUUUAAAUUAUUGUACAAAAUUCUUGCAACUAAUAGAAUGUUAUAUAUAUGGGGGAUACAAUCUUCCCAGCUCUGUAGAUUCUGCUGUGAGGAGGCAGAGUCAUUAGACCAUUUAUUUUGGUAUUGUCCGCAUGUAGCUCAUUUUUGGUCACAGGUCCAGGAAUGGUUAAAGAAUUGCAACAUUUGCGUAGAACUAACGCUACAGAUAGCAAUACUGGGGGAUCUGAAAAGCCAUAGUCAAUCAAUCAAUAAUAUAAUAAAUAUUUUAGCAAAAAUGUUUAUUUUUAAUUUACAAUCCGUGGAAGCUAUGAGAAUAGGAAGAUUCAAAUCUUUUGUGAAGCAUCACAGCACAGUUGAAAAAUAUAUGGCAAAUAAAAAUCUGAAAUGGAUGAUGUUGGAAGAUAGAUGGGAAAGGUUGAGUGGAGCUGAAGGGUGGGACUAAUAACAAGAUAAACAAUGUAGGGCAUACGGGAUCUGUGAAAUGUGUAUAGGUGCGGAGCUAUUGUGAAAUAGCACAGUUACAAGUGGAAAUCAAACUGGAUGGACAACAGAAAUAGAGGAAGGACUAAGAACAAACAAGAGAGAACUAUUAUAAAGUAGACUGUGUCUGUAAAAUGUGUAUACGAUGUAUAAAUUGAAGGUAAAAACAGAAAUGUUUAUCAGUUUACUCCAAUUGGGGGAUCGGUGGUAGGGUUUGCGGGGAAUAAUAAUAAAGGUGUACUCUUUAAAAAAAAGUAUGUAUGUCUAUGUAGGUAUGUGUAUGUAUAUAUGUGUAUAUGUAUGCAUACGUGAAUGGAUAUAUAUAUUUACCCCAAAAAAUAUGGGGGAUUGGAAAUGAUGCAGACAAUUACAUUGGAAGCAACAUUCUUUCCGCAAUAUUAAGCUGAUCCACCCCCCCAAGGGGAAAAAAAAAAAAAAAACUGUGGGAACUUAUAUAGACAGGUGUGUGCCUUUCCAAAUCAUGUUCAAUCAAUUUAAUUUACCACAUAUGGACUCCAAUCAAGUUGUAGAAACAUCAUCAAGGAUGAUCAAUGGAAGCAGGAUGCACCUGAGCUCAAUUUCGAGUCUCAUAGCAAAGGGUCUGAAUACUUACGUAAAUAAAGUAUUAAUGUUUUUUAUUUUUAAUAAAUUUGCAAAACUGUCUAACCCUGUU